AUGUCACCCCAAACCUACGAAAGCCAACGCGCCUGGAAAGACGUCCAACAAUUCCUCCCGCAACAUCUCCACUUCACUGAUGAGCACCAGCCAGUUGAAGAGUGGUGGGAGAAUCGAGGGCAUAAAAUCCAUCUCGAUCGAUGGAGGAACCCAGCGGCUAAAAUUCGACUGAUCAUGCACCAUGGAGUCGGCACAAAUGGCAGACAAAUGUCCAUGAUUCUUGGCGUCCCUUUGCACAUGGCCGGCUUCGAGCUCGUCGCCGUCGACAUGCCCGGCUACGGGUGCACACAGAUCGCGAAGGGCGUCACAUACUCAUACGACGACUGGGUGAACAUUGCUAGCGACUUCAUCGACUUCGAACUUGAGCAUGACUCGCGGCCUGUCGUGCUCUAUGGCCUUUCCGCCGGCGGCAUGCUGACCUACCACACCGCGGGGCUCAAUAAGAAAGUCAGCGGCAUUGUCGGCAUGACCUUCCUCGACCAACGAAUCCAGCAAGUCGCCGACGAAACGGCGCGCAACUUCUUCAUGAGCCGCAUCGGCCUCCCGAUGACACGUCUGUGCAACAAUCCGCUCACCAGGAACCUUUCUGUCCCUAUGUGGCUGGCGAGUAAGAUGUCGGCGCUGGUCAAUGACCCGAAAGCUCUGGAGAUCAUGUUGGCGGAUCCGACGUCCGCUGGCUCGUGGAAGUCGAUGCGGUUUUUGGCGACAUACUCCUCGUACAAGCCGGCGAUUGAGCCGGAGGAUUUCGAUGUCUGUCCAGUUCUGUUGACGCAACCGGCGAAAGAUGCUUGGACACCGCUGCAUUUGAGCAAGAUGUUCCUGCCGAAGAUCAAGAAGGUGCCGGUCAAAACUGUGAUGCUGGAGAAUGCUGGUCAUUAUCCUUUGGAACAGCCCGGUUUACAGCAGAUGGUUGAUGCAAUCACUCAGUUUUUGAGGGAGUUGUCGUGA